GAAAGCUAUAUUCUCAUCGAUUCCUUGGCAUUGACUUUCGUAAGGACAUGCGCCCAAAAUAAUUUCAGCAUCUCUCAUCGCAAUCACACUCAUUGUCUUUUCUAUAUGGCUUUAUAUCCUCGUGUUUUUAUUUCAUUAUCACUAUACAGCUAUAUGUGAUUGUGAUUGUGAUUGGAAGCCACGUGAAUUACGAAAUCUCAUACAAUUUUUCAGUCGCAGCUCGCAGGUGUUAAAUUUUAUCUUCGUUAAAUUUUAAGAAAACUUCUUUAUAUCAUCGUUGAAUAUUUAAUGUAACAUUCUUUGCGUUACACUUGUAUACAUAAGUCGAUGUCAUUUUAUUCUUCUCUUAAAAUUUUCUCGGACAAAAGCUCCUGAUUCGAUUUUGAUUUCGAUUUAGAUUUUUAAAAAAUAUUAAAAGUAAAAGAAAGUGAUAAACAUAAUUUAAAAAAUAUUCCAAUCCUAAACUUAUUCGCAAGAAGUAUCGUUAAAGUUGAAAAUGUUAAAUCUAUCAGGAUGGAGAUUACUUUCACUAGGAUGUAUCGUAUUAUUACAUAUUCUCAGUUUAUGUGAUGGAUUGCAAUUAAGUGCUUUUACAACUAAAACUCCAAGGGUCACUAAAUACACAACAAAGUCUCCUGCAGCAUCAAGUGCUUCGACAACUUCAUUGUACAGAUUGAAUGCAACCAAUGGAAUCACUUGUAUCCUAAUUAGCACAGACGGCCUUAUAAGCAUUAAAUAUCGAAAUAAAUUAAACGAGGAUGUCGAAGCAGACCUAUAUUUGCCCGAUAACCCGGUCCUUUCGGGCGAGUGUGUCGAGUCAAAUUCGGAAUUGUUCACGAUGACCUUUAAAGGAUUCACGUUGAGCAUUAUCUUCAAAAAGACUUCGGGAGGUGAACGUUGGUAUAUCAAUCAUGUCGAACUAUCCUACUCAUCAUCAAAUCCACUCUUCGAACAUAUCGAUCGACCAAAUUUGGACGUUAGACUUAAUUCACCCGCAAGGACUCCAAUGUUCUUCCCAACACCAGUUGGAAAAUCUUAUGUAUGUGAUAAGGAACAAAGUAUAAUUAUGUAUGCCCCACUUGAAUCCGGUGAUAAGUCUGGCCACAUAGCUCGAUUGUAUUUACGAGAACUUCGGAUGCAAAGUUUUAUGUUUAAAGAUAGUGGCAAGUGGGGUCCGUCGUUCCAUUGCAGUGCCACAGGUUCAUAUCGUGACGAAACAAUGCCACUUGCUGUUGGUACUGCUCUUGCUAUUUCAGUAUUACUAACAAUUGCUGCCUACGGUGGAUGGAGGUAUUUCAAGAUAAAGAAAGUGCAAUAUGGAACAAUGGAGUAAGGACACAAUAUUAAAGUGCAGGACUAUAAACUACAAAGUCUCGAUAGUAGAUAAUUUUAUUUUUUUUUUGUUUUUUUGUUAAUAAGCUCUUAAAACACACAUUUUGAACACAACUUUUCAAAUCGACAGCACCUUAAAUCAAAAAAGAAAAAAAUACAUCAAAUAUGAGUUUUAUCUUUAAACAAACUAACUUCCUUUUUUUUAAACUUAUGAUUUACUAACUUGUUAACUGUGCACAAUUUUCCUUUCUUUUAAGUUCUUGCUAAAUUUAUAAGAUUCUGAAAAGAAAUAACAUUUAAAAAUGAGUAUACGCGUCUAACUCAAAAACCUACGAAGUGUUCAGAUUUAAAUUUUUAUUUAAACGAUUUUUCUCAUUUGCAAAUCUAUACAAAAUUAUUUGAACACAAACAUUGCUGAAAAAUAUUGUUAAGCAAGAGCAAAAGGUACCUGCUUCUGCUAAAAAUGAUGAUGAUGCGUACAUUUUCGUUGCCAAAAAAUAAAAUAAGUAUGGUUUUAUGCUUCUAUCACCUAUUUAACAUAUAAAGUUCAAUAUUCCGAAGCUUAUAGUUUGCUCUUCAAAAAAGUAUCUAAAGCAUAUAAUAGUGACUCAUCAACGCAACCAAACUGAUUGUUGCAGAACUACAUAAAUUAAAUAAAUACAUAUUAUAUUAUACACUCAUUCUUUAAACAAAACAAAA